UGGGUUAAUGUAAAAAAAAGUUAGAUGAGGUUAGUUUAUCACUUUUUGACACUGCUACCGAAAAAGGGUUAAUUCUAUUAGUUUUUAAAAUUGCUCGAAAUCCGAAUUCUGGGAAGCUGUAUUUCGGAAGCGGCUGGGAAUUCGGCUUUUUUCCUUGAAACGUUCAAAGAUCUCUUAACACAUAAACUAGAAUGCGUUUUACUUGGCUGUGUUUAAUUUGACUCGACCAUUUUUAUCUCUCAAUCAUUUAUAAUUUCCUCAUUUUGUGCGGUCAUUAAUUAUUUCAGUUAUGUCAGCUCUGAAACUUGGAAAGAGUCUGUACCACGCUCCACGACCAAAUCGCUGGCAAAGGGGUGUAGGUGCCGAGUUGCCGGAUGCAUAUAAAAAGUUCUGGCGUGAAUGGAAGGUUCAAAAACCCGCUGCUGUUCAUUACAUCGAGAAAGACGGUUUAUUUGAAAGGAAUAAGCAAACUGGAGAUGUGUAUCCAGUACAAAAUGUACCUAUACCAGUGAAAUAUCCUAAAGAACAUAAUGAUGGUAUAUGGGGUGGCGAAGGUGUUAUUCAAGGAUUUGAAAAACGUGGUCUUUAUGAUCGAAGGGUUCCUCGUUUUUGGGUACCUCGGCUCAAAAUAUCAGUUGUGUAUAGUGAAAUUUUAAACGAGUACAUGAGAGUUACUCUGACAAAUAGAACCCUACAACUUAUUCAUGAUAAUUAUGGUUUCGACCAUUAUCUCUUGAAGACACCUGCCUGUGAUUUGAAAUCCGAGCUGGCCUUAAAAAUAAAGAGACAAAUUCUAAUAGCUUUGGCUGAUAAAACUAUGUACCAGGAUGACCCUCUCAAACAAGAAGAAGUCUAUGCAAAAUAUCAGCAAUACUUAUCUCCUUUCACACGAGAGGAAAUUGAGUGGUACGGCCUGAAUUUUAUGGAAGCCUGUAAAAAGUAUCUGGCGAUUCAGGCUAAGUUGGAUGAACCAAAGCCUUUAAAAAUUCAGUACAGGUCUGAAUUAAUCAGUCAGUUAAAAGCCUACGGCAUCGAAGAGGCUAAGAAUGUCGACGUGAUGCCUUCUACAAAAAGUCAACAAUCUUCCUGGAUAUUAAAACUUAAUCCAUUCUCCAAGAAUCCAAGGGCAAAAUAAGGAACUGUUUCUGUUAGUGAUACGAGUAAUAAAAGAUUUUGAAAGUA